CUCAUGAUGGAUAUUCUACUCUCUACUGUAACGGACAAUGAAGGAAUGUGGAAGAAAACUUCAGCUGAAAAUUAUUGCAGGCUUUAUGGAAUAAGUCAAUGUCAAAGAAAUAAUCCAGCAAGGAAUAACCGUGGUAUCCUGGUAGAAGCUGAGGAUGCGUAUGACGAUGACGAGGUUCUAGACUGUGGUAAACCUGUCAACUUCACCUACUACGAUCAUCUUGUUGGGAUUCAGAAUAGAGCAUCACAUCUUCAUAUCCCAGAACCAGAGGUUGCAAAUUUAUUCAAGAAAAAGAAUAAGAAAGGAGGAGAUAUAGAUAUUGAUGCAAUCGAGCGAAGAUUGAAGAAAUCGAAGCGAGAAAAGCCUAAAUCUGUUGAGAUUUACAAUCAAAUUGCAAAUUUUUGGCGAAUUAGAGGAGAUACUCAGGCCUCCAUUGAGUGCUUUAGACGAGCUUUGGCGGUCUCACCGAAUAAUGCAGAAAUUCUUUUAAACCUUGCCCGUGUACUUUUUAACCUCCAGUACUUGGACGACGCAAUAUUUUUGACCCGGAGAUCUUUGGAAGUUCAACCUCAUGAUCAAAGUGCCUGGCAACAACAUUUUCAGCUGGGAGAAAUAUUGAAAGCCUACGGACAUUUUCAAGAAGCUGCUCUUCAUCUCCGCCAUGUACUGGAGCUACGACCAAAUCAUCAACCUGCUCUUCUUAUUCUUAAAGAGAUGGAAUCCUCGCCUGAUUCUACAGUUCAUGUAUAUACAAUGCUUAUAAUAGUUUGUUUGGUUCUUGGUGUACUGGGCUGGAUACUCUCUACUCUUGAUGCAACACUUGCUCAAGAACAAGAGAAUGCUCCUUUUCACAGGAACAAAUCUUUGUCUCGGGCGAAGAACAGAAAACCUAAUAAUUAAUGUAAUUCGGGUCCGGGAACCUAGGCUGGGGGGCACAGAGUACAAACAAACUACUAGGUAUUAUGUACAGAUGUACAUCGUAAACCCCACCUUGUAAUCGUCGCUGUUGCGCGUCAUGACAAAAAAUGUUUCAAACCUGUUUUCUCUUCUGUUAAAACUUGUUUGAACUUUGUGAUAUUUUCUUCAUUGAUCUCAUAGUUCGUUAGUGAACUACGCUAAGUCUCAGCUCCACCUAGAAACUGUACUUUACACGUGUACACUGUGCCCCCAGUAUACCUAACUAAUCCUCAUAUAAAUAUAUAUGGGCUCAAAACCUCUAGUCAUUAUAUGUACGUUCUAAACUGUCCUAAUACAUAGUAAAUAUAUUAAAUAAAUAUAGCUUUGCAAUCUCUAAAA